AUGGCCUCGACGACCCCAGUCAUCCCCGUUGCUCACAUCCAUAGGUCUCCCUCCGUCCGCUCGAACUCUAGCGCCAGUACUGUAAGCGUGAGCAGCACGUCGCUCAGACGGCGGUCGCGGACGAGAACCAGGACGUCUACUGUGACCGGGAGAGGAAAGAGCUCGGGGCCGUCCGGCAGUGAACAUGGUCGCGGUGUGGAUGACAGUGCCAUCGUAGUCUCUCCAGCGGGCGGGGACAAGUCCCGCCCGCCGCUUCCCGCUUUUCUCCAGCAGAAGCCAGAGAGCGACGCGUCUGGAAACCGCUCCUUGCCAGAGCGCGCGACGGGUAGACCAAGGACGGCAGGCGCUGUUAGACGUCCUGGCGUUAUCCAGAAGGUGGGCAGUGAGGAAGGGCUGAGGCAGACACGGUCGGAAGGCGGAACCUUCAAGGGGGAGAUGAGGCAGCGUGCCCUCAGUUUGCCCCGUCGUGCCUUCAAGGUGAAUGCCUCGUCGGACACGUCUUCUCAACCGAGUCCGAGCACGCCUGCCGACGUCGUCCACGAAAACACCCUCGCGCGGAUUGUAGAUGGCGACUGCCCAAAUUUCAGGGACUCGAUGAUAUCAACUACUUCCUCUUCCUUGUAUCCUGCGUCGACCAUCACAGAGACACGCACCGAGUCGUCUUUUCCCUACACGUUAGACUCUGCAUCCGAGCGGCAUGCGGGCCAACGCUCGCCAGAGAUUGUGUCGUCGGAGAACCUCGAUUUUGACGCAGAUGACGUCUCGUAUCGACUGCGUCUGCUGGUGAACAACAGCUACUUCCUCCCACCGGCUCAUGCAAAACCAUCCCCGCUGUCGCUGGCUCCUCCAGAUGCCAGUAUGUCCAAGAAGCCUGCAAACAAGGGGUCCAACUCCACCUUCCUAGACUUCUUUCGCAUAGGAUGGUCUAAGUCCAAACCGACAACGCCGAUUACAUCUCCCCCUGCUAUCGACUAUGCGCACGGGCCGAUUCUUCGCACAACGUCAGACUCGACAACCGCAUCGGGCUUUAUUCAACGUCCACAUGCUCGCUCAUUGCCCCAAACCCCUCUUCACACAGUGCCUCCACCAAAUGUGACCAGCAGAGUCGUGGUGGUGCGAGAGAGGAUGGACGACUUGGCGGCUGCUGCGCAGGAGGCCGAGAAGGAUUUGCGUCGCGCGACUGCGCGAAAUACGAGGAGUCGAUCGUCAUCAAAGGGUAGAUAUUCCGAGGUCGACAUCGUCGAUCCAACCGAUGCGGUCGACCUACCACCGCCACCACCGGGGAGCUACCCGUUCGCAACGCAGGCAUCUGCCGCGUACGGUCUUGGUGUCCUUGAAUCGGUGGGCGCGGCGGUGCUGGCAGAGCAGCUACCUCCUGGAAGCCCGGGCAUCUGGUCAUCGACCACCGAGAACAGUUCAUGGCGUCAAGCGCUGCUACGCGAGGCUGUCAGUCACUCGCUGAGUGGUUCUGCCGAUAUCUCCCUUGCCACGACGUCAACAGAUCGCUCUGCACUUCCGUCGCCCACUUCACCUAUGCCUCUUUCAGUCAGUACUUCUGGUCCCUCGGGGCCAUCAGACGACCCUGAGUCCCCGCAGAUGUACACGCUUGGGCAGCCGAUCUUGAAGGACUUGACGAUCGUUACCGACAUGGCAGAGGAGCCUCCUACUCCUACUCAAGCGCAAGUGCCGCUCACGGGUAACAGCGUAUCUUCUGUUUCCAGCAAGUCAACAGUCGAAGCCCGCCGCUCAGGAUGGCCAAUGCCGAGUAGCCCGCCGCGCGCUGAGAGUCCUACGCAUUCGCAUGCGCUGGCCCCGGCUCCCCGCAAACGGCUCGUUAACCCUCUAUACUCCGUCUCGCAGCCAGAUUUAUCCGAUCCUAGCGAGCGGGAGCAGCCAGAUGCACCGAGAACAGCGCGACCUUCUCUUCAGGCACUAAGAAAGGUGAUGUCUUCACCAGUGCUAUCUGACGUGCCGGAUGCGGGCGCGGCGAGCAAGCGACAUGUAUUGUCGCUGAGCCCGCCGCCGACAGCGAUCUCGCCACGGCUGUCAGCGGAGUCGCCAGGUUUGAUGCAGGACCUGCGCGCGACUACGUCGUUCUCAUCAUAUCGUAGUUUGAUGAGCCAGUCUCAGUCGCACCAUUUGCGCGACACUGUCGUCCAGGAUGAUGAUGAUGAUGAUGACGACGACGACAUGUCCUACGUGACGCCCGCAGACACGGAUGUGGACUCGCCAGAUCAACCGCGCCCGUCGGUGACACUGUCUUUGCUUCCCGACGCCCGGCCGUCGCUGUCAAUAUCUGACUAUUCGAAUCCCUCACCUACGGCGUCUGCGUUCCAUGAUGCGAUCUUUGGCAGCAGCUAUCGGCCACCGUCUGUGAUGUCUAGACGCAGCUUUAUGGCAGAUCCGUCGCGCAGCACGCUGGACUUGUCUGCCCCGCCCUCGGCGACGCCCGUGCCGCCACGAGUAUUAACCCUGUCGCCGCCUCCCCGGAUGUCUUCCUCCGCAAGUCCUACUGCACUUCCUCCACCUCCUCGGGUGCCCGGGACAAGACCUGUCUACCGCCCAUCGCUAUCCUCACGCGCGUCCACAGAUCCUGGUCGUCCUUCGUUCGCGGCCACUAUUUACUCCGUGCAGGAAGAUCCUAUAGACGACGCGGAGGUCCCGCCAUUACCAUCGCGGCUGGCUGAUCGCCGUGGCAAGUCGUCCUCACGCCUGUCGCUACGCAUACCUACCGACUUCAUGGGUCCCUCUAUUCACUCAGCUCCCGCGCCCGCGUCUCCGACCGAGUUCUUUGAUCGCAUUGAGUCAACGAUGGACGAGCUAGACGACUUGGAAGAUAGCGACUCGGAUGAAGAUGAGACGAGUGUACCUCCUGCACCCUCCUUGCACCAUGCUCCUGCGCGAGCUGAUAGCAUCGACACCCUCGGUGGCAGCCCACGACCGUCGUUUAUGCGCAUGGGUAACCAUUCGACACAUCGACAUAUCUCAGCGGAAACCCGUUUCGAACGUGCCCGUGAAGCCCCGCCGCGGAACUUACUUCUCGUCUAG